AUGUUUGUGCCUUCCUUUUUCUAUUGUCUUUCGCAGUUUGUUUUUUCUAAAAUUUUUAAUUUAAUUUUAAUAUAUUUUUACAGUUAUAUAUCUCUCAACUGUCUUGAUGGAAUUUCUCUUCCAUUUUUUCCAUUUCUCGAAAAAUUUAUAGCAAUAACUACAAUUCCUUUUUAUUUUUUUAUUUUACGAAGACAACGACCUUCAAUACAAACUUUGACAAUUUUAAUGUUUAUUUGUUUUGGAUCUGCUUUGGCUUCUGUAUUCGAAAUAAGUUAUGAUAUUUGGGGGUUAGCCUACUCUCUUGGAGCUUUGGCUAUGCAAACUUCAAGUUUAGUUUUAAUUGAAAAAGUCCGGGCACAAAUGGAUAUGUCUGUUGUGGAAUUAAUUUAUUUAAAUAGUUUCAAUUGUCUUUGUCUAUUUUUGGUGGCGGAUAUAGUCCAGGAUGAAUUGAGGGAUGCUUAUUCCUAUUUACAGGUGAAAAAUAAUAUUACAAAUUGUAAGUGUUUUCCGGAAAUGUCUAUAUUUUCCGGGAACAAUAUGAUAUUACAAUUGUGUUUUCCGGAAUUGUAA